AAAGCCGCGGACCACACCACCCUAUGACUCCUCUGAGAAAAUAUGAGGCACAAUGUUCGCGGCGGCGCUGGCUUUUGUUCUAAGCACAGACACUUGCGCAGCCGUCCGACAGCGAGCGGAGCCCGGCAGAGGCGAAGCCCGCCGUGCAGCGCGCGCUGCUGGGCGUGGGCAGGGGCCGACCCGGCGCAGGACCCGACGCUGCGCCUCCGAAACCCCGGGCUCGCAGCCCCAAACCCUGCCCUCCCGCGGACGCGCCCCGGCCCCUCACCGGGCUCCAGCCGAUGAGCGCGUCGGUGUCCGGGUCGCUCACGAGAGUCCACAGCUUGGUCAGGAAGGCCGGGACGUUGCUGGGCCCCGGCGCGCCGGGGCCCACGGGCAGAUCCAUGCCGGGCAAGGCGAGGACAGGCGGAGGAGAGGAGCGAGGACGGGGGCCGAGGGCCGGGCUAGUGCCGCCGCCGGGGCCGCGCCGCCGCCACCGCCCGCUGCGCACAAACAGGCCCGGGGCCUAGCAUGGCGGCCGCCAUCUUGCGACGGGCGCGCUCCUGCCGGCGCCACCCGCCCGCCCCUGGCGCGCGCACGCCGGACUCGCGCACGCCUCCAAUCAGGCCCCGCCCCUGGGGCACGCGGCCGCUCGCUGCCGGAAGUGGUGCGGGUCGGGAACGGCGGGAGCAUGGCGGGCGCGCAGGACGUGGGGUGCGUGGCGGCGGCGGCUGCUCGGCCCGGGAAGCGGCGGCCGGAGCCGGAGGAGCCCUCUUUCCUCUGCCCUCCUGCUCCCAGCCUCCCAGGGGACGGCAGCGAUUCUGGCCCCUCUGACAGCGAGGAGAGUGUGUUCUCUGGCCUCCAAGACUCUGGCAGUGACAGCGGUGAGGAUGCCACGACUGAGGGAGAGGAUGCGGCCAGCAGUGAUGAGGGCCACAGGAGGACAGAGAGGACUGCUGGGCAGCCAGUGCAGGCCAGGACCCCUUCCCCAAGGACAGACGCGGCCAGCGUGCCGGGUGACGAUGAGUACGCGGAGGACAGUUCUGACGAGGAGGAUGUCCGGAACACGGUGGGCAACGUGCCCCUGGAGUGGUACGAUGACUUCCCCCAUGUGGGCUAUGACCUGGACGGCAGGCACAUCUACAAGCCCCUUCGUACCCGUGAUGAGCUGGACCAGUUUCUGGACAAAAUGGACGACCCUGACCACUGGCGCACAGUCCGGGACCGGAUGACUGGGCACAACGUGCGGCUGACAGAUGAGCAGGUGGCCCUGGUGCAGCGGCUGCAGAGGGGCCAAUUUGGGGAUGGGAGCGUCAACCCACAUGAGCCGGCCGUGGAUUUCUUCAGCGGGGACCUCAUGAUCCACCCAGUGACCAACCGGCCUGCAGACAAGCGCAGCUUCAUCCCAUCUCUGGUGGAGAAGGAGAAGGUCUCACGCCUGGUGCAUGCCAUCAAGAUGGGCUGGGUCCAGCCUCGUCGGCCCCGGGACCCCACCCCCAGCUUCUACGACCUGUGGGCCCAGGAGGACCCCAAUGCUGUGCUGGGCCGUCACAAGAUGCACGUACCUGCCCCCAAGCUGGCCCUGCCUGGCCAUGCCGAGUCCUACAACCCACCUCCAGAGUACCUGCCCAGCGAGGAGGAGCGCCUGGCAUGGGAGCAGCAGGAGCCCAGCGAGAGGAAGCAUGACUUCCUGCCAUGCAAGUUCCUGAGCCUACGGGCUGUGCCCGCCUACAGCCGCUUCAUCCAGGAACGCUUCGAGCGCUGUCUUGACCUUUACCUGUGCCCACGGCAGCGCAAGAUGAGGGUGAAUGUGGACCCAGAAGACCUCAUCCCCAGACUGCCGCGGCCUCGGGACCUGCGGCCGUUCCCCACCUGCCAGGCCUUGGUCUACAGGGGCCACAGCGACCUUGUCCGCUGCCUGAGUGUUUCCCCGGGGGGUCAGUGGCUGGCUUCAGGCUCUGAUGAUGGCUCGCUGCGGCUCUGGGAGGUGGCCACUGCCCGCUGCAUGAAGACCGUUCCCGUGGGUGGCGUGGUGAAGAGCGUUGCCUGGAAUCCCAACCCCACCACCUGCCUGGUGGCUGUGGCAGUGGAGGACACGGUGCUGCUGCUGAACCCGGGCCUGGGGGACCGGCUGGUGGUGGGCAGCACAGACCAGCUGCUGGGUGCCUUCGCCCCACCCGAGGAGCCUGCCCUGCAGCCUGCCCGCUGGCGGGAGGCCUCUGAGCCGGAGCGCCAGAGGGGCCUGCGGCUGUACAUCUGCCACGACAAGCCAGUGACACAGGCGACCUGGCACGGGCGUGGGGACUACAUGGCCGUGGUGCUGGCCACCUCGGGCCACACCCAGGUGCUGAUCCACCAGCUGAGCCGGCGCCGCAGCCAGAGUCCCUUUCGCCGCAGCCACGGGCAGGUGCAGCGCGUGGCCUUCCACCCCGUGCGGCCCUUCCUGCUGGCGGCCUCUCAGCGCAGUGUCCGUCUCUACCACCUGCUGCGCCAGGAGCUCACCAAGAAGCUGGUGCCAAACUGCAAAUGGGUGUCCAGCCUGGCAGUGCACCCGGCAGGUGACAAUGUCAUCUGUGGCAGCUACGACAGCAAGCUGGUGUGGUUCGAUCUGGACCUGUCCACCAGGCCGUACAGGGUGCUAAGGCACCACAAGAAGGCCCUGCGGGCUGUGGCCUUCCACGCCCGGUACCCACUCUUUGCAUCUGGCUCUGAUGACGGCAGCGUCAUUGUGUGCCACGGGAUGGUGUACAAUGACCUGCUUCAGAACCCGCUGCUGGUGCCUGUGAAGGUGCUGAAGGGGCACGUGCUGACCCGAGGCCUGGGAGUGCUGGACGUGGCCUUCCACCCCACCCAGCCCUGGGUCUUCUCCUCGGGGGCUGACGGCACCAUCCGCCUCUUCACCUAGGCGGCCUUGGUCUAUGCUGGGGACGUUAAUAGAGGUGUUGCUUCCGUGGA